UGGCUGCCCCCUCCGUCCCUUCCGUCAGCUGGAUGCCUUCACGCUGCGAAGCUCUCUUGGAUCUUAUCGACGUCCGUGGGGCACGAAGCUCCCUCCAUCACAUUUGCUGACCAUGAUACCCAAGACCAUGAUCUCCAACGAAGUCUACCUUCUUCCACUGAACGAUGAUGGCUCGCCUCAAAUCGCCGGAGAAUACAUCUACUUAGCGCCCAAGAACAACGAACCCGUUACCAUUCGCUUCGCCAUUGAGGGCACCUCCUCUGUUUGUCGCCAUGGCAGUCUUUGGGUCAACAUUCCUGACCAGGGUGCUGAGUUUCGCAGAGACAAGUUCCGCGAAUUCAAGCUCGUUCCCGAUUUCAACCGCACCAUCGAAAUCUCGAUUCCCAUCUUCCAAGCUGGUGCCUACGCUUUCUACACUACCUACGCCGAGCUUCCCGAUCUCGCCGCCGAGCUGAGCUCCAAGCCUGAAACAGAAACAACGCACAAGAAGACGCCUCUUUACUACAUCGAUGUCGCCCCUCGUCUAUCUCUUGAUGGCCGGCCGUUGCCGCUGCCUGCGCUGUCCAUCUAUUCCGUCAUCAGCAAAUUCAUGGGCAAAUACCCUACCGACUGGGAGCGUCACCUUCGUGGCAUCAGCGAUCGGGGUUACAACAUGAUUCACUUCACGCCUCUGCAAGUCCGCGGCGCAUCUAAUUCACCCUACAGUCUGUACGAUCAGCUGGGCUGGGACCCGGAUUGUUUCCCCGGCGGCGAAAAGGACGUACAGGGCAUGGUCGAUAGCCUCGAGAAGAACCACUCUCUGCUCAGUCUGACCGACAUUGUUCUGAAUCACACGGCGCAUAAUAGUAAGUGGCUGCAAGAACACCCCGACUCGGGCUAUAAUCUGGUGACCGCGCCCUGGCUCGAGUCUGCGUGGCUGCUUGACACGAAGCUUCUGGAGCUCAGCGCAAAUCUUGAGAAGCUUGGCCUGCCCACGGACCUCAAGAGCAAUGACGACCUUGUCAAGGUCAUGGAUGCCAUCAAAAAGCAAGUCAUUGCCGAGAUCCGCCUCUGGGAAUACUACGCCAUUGACGUGGAGCGCGACGUUGACGCCGCUGUGGACGCAUGGGUUGCCGACAAGGUGGAGUUCCCCGAGAGUUCAGUGGGUGCGGACGGUGUCCUAGGUCUCAAAGAGGCACCACAGAAAGAACAGGCCCAGUUCCUCAUCAAGAACGGUCUACUGAACAAGAACCGUCUUGGCGAGCGCUUCAGGAGGAGGGUGAAACCAGAGGUCGCCGCUGGUCUUCUGUCAGCCAUCUUUGGCCGCUAUGAAGGCAAUUCUGGUCCGACGCCGGACCAGGCGGCUGCCAAGACCAAGAUUCUCGCUGUCCUCGACGAAGUCAAUUUGCCCUUCUAUAAGGAGUACGACGACGAAGUUGCUGUGAUUCUGGACCAGCUUUUCAACCGCAUCAAAUACUGUCGCCUGGACGAGCACGGGCCAAAAAUGGGACCCAUCAAUGAGAAGAACCCUCUCAUCGAGUCGUACUUUACGCGACUGCCCGAAAAUGCCACUACAUCCAAACACAAGAAGGAAGAGCUGUCGCUUGCCAACAAUGGAUGGGUCUGGGCCGGUAAUGCCCUCAUAGACAAUGCCGGGCCUGACUCCCGAGUGUAUCUCAGGCGCGAGGUCAUUGUCUGGGGCGAUUGUGUCAAGCUCCGUUAUGGCAGCGGACCCAAAGACAGCCCCUUCCUCUGGGAUUACAUGACCAAGUACGCUCGCAUGCUUGCUAAGUACUUUGCCGGUUUCCGCAUAGACAACUGCCACUCCACUCCUCUGCACGUCGCUGAGCACAUACUCGAUGAGGCGCGUCGCGUGCGACCAGACCUUUACGUUGUGGCUGAGCUCUUCAGCGGUUCUGAAGAGAUGGACUACGUCUUUGUUAAGAGGCUCGGUCUCAGCUCCCUGAUUCGAGAGGCCAUGCAGGCGUGGAGCACAGGAGAGCUCAGCAGACUGGUACACCGACAUGGAGGGCGCCCUAUUGGCAGCUUUGAAGUGGACGAGUUAUCGAGGGCCGACCCCAAGUCGCCUGCCAGCCCCCCGAGAUCUCCUGGCGAAACCACCAAUGAUCACUCACAGUCCUCCCGCGAAAUUGUUCGCAAGAUCAAACCCGUGCCCGUUCACGCCCUCUUCAUGGACUGCACCCACGAUAACGAGACUCCAGUCCAGAAAGCGAUUUACGAGUCACGCUGCCCAAUGCAGCCCUGGUAA